CGUCGCAUAGUGAGGGGGCGGUCGGCUUGCGUGCGACGUUAUACUGUAGGUCAGUGCGGCGAAGCAGCGCUCUAAGUGCGCGCUGACAGCCGUCGCCGCCGACCUUUUUUUUUUUCCAACACAAACACGCAGGCGAGGAACAGAAGAGGUCGGACGCGCAGACAGCGCGUCGAGAGGAACGGGAAACUGCGUUACGAAGCCUCCGAGGGAGAGUGAAAAGACGUGCGGGCUCCGUGGAGCCCGGAGUUCGGCGAUGGUGGUGACGGUGGAGGAGGCGUUGGGCAUCUAGCGACGACCCCGUCUUCGACACAAGCGCGAAGAAAGUUUCUUUCUCGUUUGUUUGUUUCGUCUGCUUCGCGAUCGUCGGUGACCGAAGAGACCACAGCGGCGAGAAGCUCGACUGUCGGAAGCCCGCUGCUGCAGCGGCGGCGGCGGCUUUCGAAAGGGCGACGCAGCUGCUGCUGCUGCGGCAACAGCCAGCCAUGGAACGUCGCGCGGUCGGCGGCGCGGGCCCCGGGUGGAGCGAGGAGCUCGGUGCUCGCCGGUUCGUUGCGGGACGAGCGAGGCAACGCGCCGUGCGGAAGGCGGUCGCGCUGCUCGCCUUCCUCGCCGCCUGCUGCGCACUGUCCCGACUCAAGACGCUCACGCCUGAGACCAGCGGCUUUGCGACAGGCCGUCGUCUGCUCUCAACCGGGGCAGCGGCGGAAGCAGGCGACGUUCUGGUCCCACCUUCACAGGAACCGGACGUCGCGCUGGCGCCCAAGAGACACGUAAACCCGCUUUCCAAACGAGCCUCGCACGCCGAAAGCUCCAGCGCUAACGGAGAUAAAACACCAACGAGAGAAGGUGACGAACCGAAGCCCAAGCCAUCGGCUGGAGGCAAUGGGGGCAAAGGAAAGCCAAGAGACAAAGACGGAGACGAUGACGCAAGCAACGGCAAAGGAAAACAGACAAACUCGCAGCACCAUGGCGAAGGAACAGCGAGCAAGACGGGCGGACCGCAGGUAGAACCUGAAACGCCGGAAGGCACGGACAAAGGCGGCGAACAGGGACCGAAAAAGGAACAAGCCUCGGGAAAGCAGAGGACGCAGAAGGAGGGAGAUGAUGAGGGAGCAGACGAAGAAAAGGCGAAAGGCGAGUCCGAGGAGCCGGGCCAAGACAAGCCGAGAGCAGACGAAAAGCCGCCAGAAGGAUCGGGCAAGAAGACUGGAGCAAAGUCGCAGCAGGCUUCCAAGGGACAGCCGGCGAGCGCGGACAAAGAAAAGGACAAAGAGCCCGGGACCAAGCUGAAGCAAGACAAUGAACAGAAGCCAACAAAAGCUGACGGCAACAAGGAAAACGGGGACAAAGUAAAAUCCAAGGACGAAUCGCCGCAGACGGGCCAAGAGCCGAAAUCGAAGGUAGAUCAAGGAUCAAAGACGGAUACGCAUCGAGGGUCGAAGCCGAAAUCGGUGAAAGAAACGGACAGCGCGAAGCCGGUAUCAAAGACAAGCGACAAGUCCACGUCGGGAGAAGAAACAGAUUCAAAGUCCGGAGGGGAACCGCAGCCGAAAGAGGAGGACAAACCUAUCCAGGAAAACGAAAAACCCAGGGAAGGCGGCUCUGAAGGAGAGGAACCUAAACCUCCGGGAGAAGAAACCGGCCCCAGCCGCAACGCUUCCAAGAACGCUACAAAGGCGGCCGAAGGCGAGGAAGACAGGCGGAAGAACAAAACAAAAGGCGAAGAGGCGGAGGAAGUAUACUGCACUAGACCUGCGUACCACGAGUUCCCGCCGGACCUGUUCUCGCACGAUGCCCGUGCCAAGGGCGGCGUGGUCGUCCACAUCCUGGUCGUGCUCUACAUGUUCUACGCGCUGGCCGUGGUCUGCGACGACUACUUCAUCGCUUCCCUCGAAGAGUGCUGCGCCCGGCUGAACCUGUCGGAGGACGUGGCCGGGGCGACCUUCAUGGCAGCGGGCAGCUCGGCGCCCGAGCUCUUCACAGCCAUCCUCGGAGUCCUUAUUGCAAAGGGAGAUGUAGGCACUGGCACCAUCGUCGGCUCGGCUGUGUUCAACGUGCUCUUCGUCAUCGGGCUAUGCGGAAUCUGCGCCGGAAAGGAGGUUCCGGUGACCUGGUGGCCCCUGUUCCGGGACUCCGUCUUCUACGCGUUCACCGUGGUCAUCCUGAUCCUGGUGAUCUACGAUGGUAAGGUCACAUGGUACGACUCCCUCUUCAUGCUGCUCCUGUACGCCGUCUACAUCGACAUCAUGAAGUACAACAAGAGGAUCCACCUAUGGGUGGCCGCCGCAUUUGGCAUCCACGAGGAAGAACAGACUUCUCUCAGCCUUACAUCUGCAGGCUACGAUGGCAAAAACUACAGCUCCUACGUGCCAUUCAACAAUGAAAUUGACGACUUCGCCCAGCAAAAUGCUGCAAGAAACGCACGGCCCCUGGAUGAAGUGAUCAGAGAUAGCCGGAGAAGGCCCACUUUGUACGAAGCAGCACUACGAAUGCUCAUGACCCGAUACUUCCGCCCCAAAACCCGUUUCUGGGCGGCAGCAAAGAGGAUCACCCACGAGCACAAGCGCAUUUGCCGUGGGGAGAUCCAGCACUUACCUUCCCAGACCUCUCUCGACCCCAACGACAUGGUCCGACGUGGCAAGAGUUCCAGCGUCGAUGUUGCUCUGUCAACAGAGGCUGACUGGAAAAGAGUUCCCUCACUGAGGGAGGGCCCCUGGGCGCUGCUCAAGUGGGUGGUGCAGGCACCCCUGCUGGCAACACUGCACUACACGGUGCCGGAUUGCCGGACUGCGACCGGCAAGCGGCUCUUCAUGCUCAGCUUCACCAUGUCCAUCUUCUGGACGGCAGCCUUCUCCUACGUCAUGGUCUGGAUGGUGACCCUCAUUGGCUACACAAUGGGGAUCCCGGACACGAUAAUGGGCAUCACAUUCUUGGCAGCAGGUACGAGCAUACCUGACGCCUAUGCCAGCCUGCUGGUCUCCCGACAAGGUCAAGGAGACAUGGCCAUAGCAAACAGUAUUGGAAGCAACGUCUUCGACAUUCUAAUAGGUCUAGCACUGCCAUGGCUGAUUCAGACAGGGAUGGUCAAACCUGGGUCACUUGCUUACAUCAACAGCGGGGGCCUGGUGUGGUCAGUUGUCUUGCUAUUCCUUACCAUCAUCAUUACAGUCUACGCCAUCCACCGGAGCCACUGGCUGCUCACCAAGAAGCUGGGCGUGUUCCUCAUGGUGGUGUACGUCAUCUUCCUCGUCGUCUGCAGCGCGGUUGAGUUCAACCUGCUGGGAUACGUGAACCCACCAAUGUGCGUCGAGUGAGCUGCAAGCCACGGCCCCUUUGCAAAGUCUCCCUAGUCUGGGGAUAUUCUAGUCGGCCGAUGUUCAUCGCAGGGAACAAUUCCCAGUGCACACGCACACAUGCAUACUGCAAUGCUGGGUGAAUGCAGGGAAAUGAUCGACAAUGCUGGAAAAAGGGGAAAAGGAGCCCUCUAGACUUCUUUUGCGUCAUCGAUGUUGAGCUACAAGAUAGGGUUGACACCUUUGUUGAGGCUAAACAACGGCUUUUGGAAGUGGGUACAGCAGAGGGAUGCAAUACUUAAAUGCGCUGUUGUUGAACACACAUUUAAAGGGGCCCUGAAAUGCUUUUUAAACACAGUACGAAAACAUUGCUGAUCUGUACAGGAGGCUCCUGUGAACAUGUGAUCAGAAUGUUAUUGCACUGCACACAGCAGGAAAUUGACAAUCUCGUGUCCAAAACUGCGAAAUAUCGCUCGCUCUCACUUCCGCAGUGUCGUCAUGCAGCGUCAUCGCAAACAGCUGGACCCACCAAUAGCUGUUGGCUGAUGUCACGAUCGUGAGAACAUUCUUGAUAAUACAUAAUUGCCAACCGUGAGUUAAAUAAGUGAAAAAUAUAUAUGCCUGCAGUCUCAAAAAGACAAAAAUAAUUUCAUCUUUGCGCUACUAGUCUAUGCAUGACAGUUGCACGUAGCUGUGUGCUGCAUAGCGUAGUGUACUACAGCCACCAUGGGGUGCCGUGACAAGCCCUUUCACCGUAUUUCACUAUCAAGGCACUCAACUUUCAGGCUGGGCUUUGCACCCCCCCCGGCUUUUCCCCUGUGUAGCUUCCAGCGCGCUAGCGGGGACGAAAGAGAGAGAAAGCCACUUACUGGUGCGAUAACUCCACCUAUACUUCAUGGGUUUUAAAAAAAUUUGCAGCAUGAGGUUUGUGACAAAGCGUCCUUUAAUAGUCAUGCCAUUUUAGGAUUAGUUAUGAAAGUGCUUCAGGACCCCUUUAAAUAGCACAAGCAAAAGUAGUUAUAAAUUUUAUACAUUCAGAAAAUGCAGUGCUUUUGUACAAUUCAAUUUUUUUUAUUUAAGCACAAAUAAUAAAGAAGUAACAUUACAUUGGAAGCUAUAUGCCAUGUAGGCUAGCCAUAUGUACUGCAAUAUGUGGACAUCAGUAUGUAAACAAACCAUUUUUGCACUAUCAACACAGUGUGUUAAACCUCAAAAGCAUAAAUCAAUCAGACAAUAGUGCACUAUAACUUUUCCACCAGUGGUCAUCCCUGUUAUGUGAUAUCUCAGCUUUUUGUCCAGGGAGCUAGGUGCCAGUCACAACGUUGAACUGGUAACUAGCGACAUCUGAAAAAACAAACACUGCGUCGGUUGAAAACCAAACAGGUGGUAGCCAUAAUACAGUAUAAUCUCAAUUAUAUAAAUUUCUCAGGACCUCCUAAAAUAUUUGUAUCAUCCAAAACUCGUACGAUUCAUAACAAAUGAUAGCUAUAGCACGAAAGUGAGAAUAACACAGUCUCGUUCAAUUGCAGUGACUACUUUUGGUUGAAGACGUUUGAUGGUGUUGUGGACCAGUCUUUCAUUGAUGCUCUUGAGGAAACAUUUCCGGCAUGCGUAUAAGGUUGUAGUAUUACUCAUUCUUUCACCUUCGUUGCCAGCACUCAAUGUCGCAGUGAACGCUCUUCAAGUGCACGGGCAUUCGCCGGGAUGGUGAAAGACCAAUAUUUCGUACGCUGACUUAACAACUGUACACUGCAGCCGUACUUCCACAACCGAGAGAGACCUAUGGUGGCAUAAAAAUCUGUGUCGUCUACCACAGCCCAAACAAACGUUUCAGUCAUCCUGAAACGUGCCGCAUUGUAUUUAAUGCAUUCUGCUCGAAACUUUUUUGAAGUAUGAAUCGCCCAUAAGAUCGGAUCAAUCACAAUUGUAUCUUUGAGAUUCAGCUGUACAAGAUAGUCUGAACCAAGUCAUCGCCGAUGAGAUUACAUGCGAGGGCUGCAGUGUAAGUGCUAGCAGAUACCCUGCGUUAAGCUCUCAACUUGGUCACUGUCUUCACUGCAUGCUAAACAUUUAAGUGGGAACAUGAAAACUUGCCUUAAGUUCAGUGUGACUAGAAAUGCACAAAGCUAAAUUUCCUUAUGACUGUUGUUAACCAGAAAGACUACCAAGGACAUGUUCUUCAGUAGGUAGGAAAAUUAAUUGUGCAGCAGGUUUCGACAAGUAAUGGCUGAACACUUGCUUCGAGAGUAAAUGUCGGUAAAGGAGUCCAUAAAGCACUCCCUGUCACAUUAGACUGCACAGUACAACAUUUAGCCAUGCUGCCUAUAGUCUCUAAAGCUGCUAUCCAGCUCCCGUGAACACAGCACCAUGUUUUUAGAACUAUGAAUUCUAUUGCGAGCCUCAUCAAAGUCGUGCGCUUGAUUUCCAGUGAUUCAGGUUAGACCAAGGCUUUCAUAUGAAAUCGGUGCUCUUGUCGCCUGCUGCAGAAGCCAGUUCAAACAGGAUGGAAGGUUGUGUCUAUAAGUUGUAGAUAUAUUUAGCCUUGCAGAAUUCUUGGCAGUGCCCCCCAUUCUCUGGCGGUGCAGCUGUAAUGGAUGUAGCUUAAUUUGGAACUCCGUGGAAACAUGUGAAAGACUGUCACCACAUGGCUUUGUAUAUGGUUGUAACUAGUACGAGGUGACCACAGCUUUUUCACAGUGCUGGUUUGGGGCGAUAACUCGCGCGUGUCCGACAGAGAUGUAGAUUUUAAUCAUAGUGUCGGGUAAGGUGCGUACAAGAUGGCUUGCAGUAAAGUGCCACUAAGCAGAAAACACUAAAAUCGAGAGCGGAUAAAGGACGAUGCACAGACAUUGAAAAAGGCGUGGUUCACAUAUUUUUUACACUUCUGCUUUUUGCUGUAGCUUCACGUUGUGACAGUAGGGCGAUGUGGCAGUGAGCAUGGUGGAGAUAGCCGCUGCAGCACCAAUGCUAUUUAUAGACUGUUCGUACACAAGCUCUUUUAUGUGCAUCUGUUGUUCUGCGAAAUUGUGCAGGUAUUGACCGUCUAGCAUUGCGAAUUAUUUAGUGGGGAGGAUUGAGCCCAUUAUAUACAAGGCAAGGACUGCACAGCAAAGUUGUACCAGCAAGGUUUGCCGAGUCCUGAAACAAGAAAACGCACUCCCAUGUAUGCAGUCUUACGUCCGAUGACCAAAAUGCACGAAGUUGCUCAGUACGACCAUAAGAACUAGUGUCGGAAAAAUGGCUGCGCUCCAAUCAGAGAUGUGGCCUCUGUGGGAACAUCAAUUCAAUGCUUUGCUGUAAUACUCGAUUGAGAGAGCAGUAGAGGGGACCUCAGUUUGGGGAGACUUAUUCGCACGAAUCGCACAUGGUCCGUGUUAUAUGGUACAUGGUACAUGGUGAACUGUGGCUCCGUCCUACAGCAUAUGUGUCUAAAUGCCAUGUUCAGCACAAGAAAGUGAGUACAUGUGGCAAGCGCCUGAUUACCCCUUUAAGUGCCAAGGACGAGGCUUAUGUGUACAAAGGGUUUUCAGCAAGAAUUGCCCGGAGUUAAGGACUUCGAGCGAUGCAAGCUAUUGGGGUGUACCAAUGGUUUACAUAUGGCACCAUACGUAUGCCCACCAAGAGGGUUGGAGGGGUUGAGGGACAGAGGAGGCAAUGGCCGUCCCUGGCUUGCCGAGUUGGGGCCACUAGUCUGUCUCGUAACCUUUGGCAUCCUGUGCAUGCAAAAGAUGCCAAAGGACUGCCACACAUUUUGGUGAACCUAAAGAGUGGGGAAUAGCUCCACAAGGUUUGCUUCCCUUCACUUUUGAUCAAAUUAUCCACAAUGGCUGUUUGGAAGGUUUGGCAGCUCUGUGGCUAGCCGAUACGGAGCAAACAUGAGAGGGCCACGGGGGCACUUAUGGCAACGAGAAAGCCAGUGCUGCAGGGAGGUUUGGGCCCGAUAUUAAUGGGUACCUCCAGCUUUGCGCAUCCAUGCAUGGUGUAUCGUGCUUGCUUUUACAUUGACACAAAUUUUUCUGAAUUUAGUACUCGUGUCAGUCAUGCUAGGAUAGUAUGUGCAAGUGAUAAAUGAAAAUGGUAUUUUCUAAAAGCUUUUUCCAAGGUGUUAAACAGCACUUAUUGGUUCAAGCUGUUGCUCCACCUAAAAUAUUGUUGUGCAAGGUUCAUGCAAUAUCUUUGCCAAACUGAGGUUGCCAUGUUCUGGGCCGCAACAAAGUCUUUCACUUCUCUCUGGAAGCUAUUCCCACUCACCACACAUGCUUCCAGAGGGCACUUUUACUGUGUGUUUGCGCAGUUCAACCCCGUAUGUAGACUUGUAUGAAGUUGUGAACGCUAUAUGUGAGUGUUAUAUAUACAUAGUGCUAUUCAUACAUGCUUGUUGACUUCAGCCAAAUAUUUUUUUUUUUUUGCCCAGUGAGAAUAGAUUAAGUAUAAGGGUUCAUUCACUGUUGCCGAUUCAUGUUAAUCGUGCUCUAGCUAUCUUCUUGGGGACUUCAUAAUGGACCGCUAACGUGUGUGCAUGUGCGUGUGUACUGAGCUAGGUGUUGUGCUGUUGUUGUACAUGUGUAUUUCAACCAUGGAAACAGAGAUGCUCCUUAAUUGUUGACCUCCUAGUGAAAGACAGGGAAACAUCCAAGCUAUCUUCAAAAACAUCAUUGUGUUUCCGCUGGAAUUUAACACAUAUGUAUUCUCAAGGCUUUAAAGAAAGACAUCUCAAUUGCUAACAAAUUUCAUUAGAGUCUACCAAUUCUGUUAGGUUGUCCUGUACCUAGAUUUUAAUAAUGACAUAUAUAUAUAUAUAUAUAUAUAUAUAUAUAUGCGUAAGAAACCUAUAGAUGAAACUUGGAAGUGAUACAAUUGGUGGCAUUCUCAAAUGAAGCCGUUUCAGUUUUAAAUUCACAUGGCGGGAAAAUUCAGGGGAAGCAUGCACAAAGCGUUUUAUUUGUCAGUAAAUUCGAAAAGCUUUGCAAACAGGACAGCGAGUUGCUGCAUACCGAACUUUGUCACUUGACAACUUACUGUGCAGCAUUUACACUGUCAUUUAUGCAAAGUAUUUUUAUCCACGGGUAAGUCCACCCAGGUAAAGUGCCUCGUGCAGAUGACACUGGUUAUUGCUCUCUCAAUCCCAAAAAACAGAGAAUAUCGAGGGUGCCUGUGUCUGGUGCUCAAUAUAAUACCAUCAUGGUGCUGGUACAAUUUGACCUCAAAACGUGCAAGAAAAAGCAUUGUUUUCAGGCAGUGUACAAUCAAUAUCAGCAGUGUUGGCAAUCGUUCCCAAAUUACUCAAUCGCAUAUAUACAUCAGCCAUAGCCACAGAGCGUUUGGCGUCAUAUACGGACCUAAUUUACGGCACGUCAGGAAGCACAUUUGACAAGAGGAACUCAGUUACCAAUCAUACAGACAACAGUGAAACUGCACAAUCAGUUAUUUGUUGUAAAUCACCUGGCCGGCGAUAACCAUCACAAAAUGUUAAAGGCUUAGCAGGCACUGCAUCUAAGCAAUCAAGGUAACAGUGUCAGCCUCGUUCCCUUCUGUUGUUGCGUAAACCCUCCAGUCACUGUGCACACAACUGGGCAUGCCAAGAUAGUGCAUCAAAACUAAAAACAGGGGAAAAUCAUUUAAAACGCGUCGCAUGCAUCUUGAAACACCUCUGAUUGGACUUGUACUGUAAGUUCGCAAAAUAUACAUGAAGUGUUUUAGUAAAACAAAGUUGGAAAGUAGACAGCUAGGUGCUUGCUCUUGAUGCCAGCGUGGCAUUGCAAAGCUGUUUCACUUCUAUCAUUCCUUUUUUGCAAUGUUUUACCUGAAGCAUAUUGUUCAAGUCAAGGGACAGGUGCUUUACAAGUGUGCUACACGUGAGAUAGUUGAUGUUCCCAUAUCUGACAUUCCUGUAGAUAGUCCUCACAUAGAGUGCACGUUCUGUAAACUUGACAAAACUCACCUAAGAAAUGAAAACUCUCAAUCUGUUCUGUAGGCGUAUGCUUUUUUGUGAUUCUGAAGCUGCAAGAAAUGUGAUUAAAAGUAAAUUUUUAAUUGAAGGCAUUAAUUGGUGCCUGAAGGGAAUAAGUGGCAAAACAAAACACGCUGUGAAACAAGUUCUCUUAACACACGCCCCCACUGAUCCUGUGUGCUAUCAACAAUCGUGAGUGAAAAAACAAUCUUCUGUAACCGUCGAACAAUCCUCCUCAAAUGCCGCAGUCAUGGCUGUAUCGAAUCAAAACCUCCACAAUCGUUUUGAAGACAUCAGUGUCUAUGCUAACUACUCGGGUACCCAAUCAAUUUGCAACUAAAGUUGCAACUGUCAUUGUAGAGACUAUCAGAGUGUGUCGUAAAGCACGCAAGCUCUGCGAGAAGCGCGUGCUUUACAGGUUGUCUGGUCACAAAGCCCCUCAAAGAAAGCAAUAUAUGUAUACACAAAUGUAUGAAGCCUCCCAGUGUUGUGUGUUGUGCGACCACAUGAGCUUUGAGAGUGCUAAUGUACGCAUGAGUUGUGUCUGCUUCGUGCCCUAGGCACAUUUCUGGCCUGAUGUUAGUGCGUGUGUGACCACGUGCUGGUGUGUGCUGGGUGCAAAACAGGCGUGGGAUGGUACAGCCUCUGAAUUUCUUCUUCACAAUGCUAGAUAGCUCAUAUGUCUAGCACUUCUUUCACCUUGUCAUGUGUCUAUGGUGGUGGUGUGAAUUUGAAGAGUUCCUAUAUUGGAAAUGUUGUUGCUUUACUGGUGACCUUGUUGUAAGUGUGUCUUUGAGAGAUGCUUUGUGUUUGCAUUUGUCGAAUGUUUGCCAUUUAUGUGAAUAUAGUAUCACAACGUUGCUAUUUAGACUUUGACUUGUUGCACUUUGAUAAGGUAAAUGCAAAAUUUAUUGCGUAUUCGAGGCGAUUUGUUCAUAUAGCAGCUACGUGGGCAUGUUAAAAGAAAAAAAACUAGCUCAAUGUUAAAUGACGAGUAAAUGUGCGUUUAUUACUACUAUUUUCGUGUAGAACAUUGUGUUUAACUCGCCAUUCGCAGAUGUGACAGUAGCAUGAACAGUGAAAAGCACAUAAGUGUAUGUUCCCCGCUGCCCUAACGUGCAGAAAAGCUUCGGAGUGAAAUUGUCAUGUCGAAAAGAUUCACCUUAGCGUCCAGUGCAUUAUGUCAUGUUGAAUCCUUGAGUGCCGCGAAGCCACAGCUGUGUGCAAAAGGAAAAGAAGAAGAGCACCUAAUUUGCUGCUUUAAAGUGACAAUUUGUGCAAUGUUGACAGCGUAGUCAACAAGAGUACAUUUUUGCUUGCCAACCAUGUAACCACUGGUGAUGAGUGAUAGCAGGGGCUUUCAUUGUGUACAUUAAGCACGCGACAGUGUGGCAUUCCAACAGAGCUGCUCAUAGCUGUGCAUUACAGAAGAGCGAUGCUACCUAUAAAAUAACAGCCUCACCAUAUUGAGGCAAAAGAAGUUGGCUUCGACAGGGAAAAGGCAAAGCCAGACCUCCUACAGAGUUUAUCCUGCAGGGACAGAGGUGCAACAAUUACAGCAGUAUUUACACCAGACGCCUUUCUCACUCUUUUUCCAAUGAAAGUAAAAUAAUAAAUAAAAAAAAUAUCUCUAGAACCCUUUCUCGCUGGCCUUUGCACCUAGAAUUCUUAACACAUGGAUUGACAGUUCUGCCGAGUCAUUUUAGACAGUGCCGAAGACGGGCACCGACCGGUCAUAGCAGCCGACAAGACGCUCACCCACCCAUAGACGUCGUGUAAACCCCGGCCAUCACCAGGCGGCAUAGUAGGAGUUUCAGCUCCCAUUAUUACAUGACCCAGUCUUUCAUUUACAGUGCCAAGAAGCCCCACUUUUGUGCUCCGCGUCCCUCCAAGCGAACCAAGCAAAGUUUUUUUUCUCGUGCGCCUCCUUGGCGUCUUGGGGGCUGCACGCAGCACCACACGGAGUGUUCCACCACAAAGCUGCAGACCUUAUUUUGAUGGAAUUUCUGAAAGCACGUCCGCUCUGUUGUCAGAGCACACACUGAAGGCAAAUUCCACGGCCUGAUCUCGGGCAACUUUCCCUGCUCCAUGCUGGACAACUUCUUUCCUGCUGGUUCGCUCAGAGUGGAUUGGUGCCUUGCUCUCUUCAUUUUGGACCAACUCAUUCCGCGAUGAAUUGCUCUCUCAUGCUCUGCCACUGAGGCAUGGUUUCAAUCAGAAGUUUCAGAGUGCGUUGAGUCACUUCUGCCAGCUGCCCCCUACAACAUUUACUGUGCUUCAGUGCAGAAGCAUAACAUUUUCCCCUUGAAGAUUUGUGAAGUACUGCAAAGAAUGAUCCAAGCAGUCGCUUGAGGAUUGAGAUAGCUCCUGUAAAACUACCAGCGAAAUCCGUAGUAAAAGAUGUUGCAUCUUCUGAGACAUACUUGCUUUGUAGCAGUACAGUAUGCUCUCUUUAAAACAAUAUCCCUGCUAGGCUGAAUGGCCUGGUGAUCUUUGCUUAGUACCCACAGAUUCAGUAAACUUCCGGUAAGUUGAUCUUGUGAUAAUACGAAAUGAUUUUCAAGACACACUUCAUUGACCAUUUCAUGCACAUAUUUCUUCUGGAAGGAAGUGUGCUCAAAAAUUAUUAUGAGUGUCAUGGAAAAAAAGAUGUGCUUCAGAAAAGACUGAACUAUUUUUUCGAGCAGUUGUGAAAGAAAUGUAUGUCUUGGAAGGUGUCAACUUUGUAGGUUGUAGGAUAUAUGGCUAUUCGGGAAGAGCACAAAUGUAAGUCAUCAGUCCAUAGGCAUAGUAAACAGCAUAUCUGGUCGCUAUUCAUUAUAUGGUCUGGUUAAAUUCAAUUUAUGUUUGUACCCAGGCAUGCCAUCACAGCCAGUAAGUGAGGGUUCUCUAACAGACUUAACCUUCUCACUAAUAGAUUCUGUUCAAGCAAAACCACAAUUGAUCUGCUAUUGUGGGCACUGGAACGCAGCUACUCAGUGGAUUAAGGAAUCUUAGGAUAAUAGACAAGUAAUCGAAAAGUGUACUUUAAAGUGACAGAUGCACCAACAUGAAUGUUCUUCUGUGAAAUAGUCACAAAAUUCUUGAGCAUUUUCCACCUCUGGUACAAGUUCCAACUGAUGCCUUUUGCUAAAGCCAAUUGGCAGGUAAAGAUGAGAAGCAAUGCUACCGUGUACUGCAGAGAACUAUUUCGAUGAUGUUCCCAGUGUGCAUAUAUUUGAGUAAAUAAGAGAGUGAAAGAACAGUGCAGCAUUUUAUCACUCCAUGCCUAUCCUUUAUUUCCGUAUGCACUGUCGACAGCAUUUUAAUGAAGGGUUACCAAAACUUGCCUCAGCUUUUACAUUUGCAGAGAACUAGCUUUGUUUUAUUCUCACUUGUGAAUGACAGGCUGUGGAACAUUGUGCAUGACUUUGCAGAUUCAGCAUGCAGCAUAGAAGUUCGCUGGUAAAUAUGAGUAUCCUUGCUGAUGAUUGAAACAAUGUGACAAAGAAAAAAAUUACUAGAAAAAUUGACCGGUUGCCAUGCAAAAUGAGGUACCAGCGUACGUGGUGAGACACUCCACACAACAAAGUGAUAGAAACAUGGGCUUUCAGAGUGAAAAUAAAAAAUAAAGAAGCUGCCUGCCAGUAUAGCAGCGUAGUUUGACAAGUAGUGCAGUUGAGCUAGAGUGUGGCGAUACAUAAGGAUGUCUUUCAAGUUGCCCUCACACCACAUGGAGGCAAGAGUUUGUUCUUGAGGUGCCAGAGCUUGUUUUCUUGUGGUGCUAGACCAUCUGGUCUGGUGCUGGUUUAGUGUUGAGAGAAUGCAUGCAUCAUGAGACUUACUGUUGGUGCUUUGGAAAUCUGUUUCUUGCUUUCCGGUUUGGUCUGUAGGUACUCCAAGUCACUGCCCCAUGUCCCUGAAGUUGUGUCACUGACACUGCCGUUUGCAGACGUUUUGUCUCUUGAAGAGAGACCAACCCACUGGAAGAAUUUUACAAAUUCACGAAUUCGGCUGUACGACUAAACAAGCAUGCACGCAGAAGAAAUGUGUUUUCUUGCGGCGUUUUCAGAGCAGUUGAAGCCACAUGCCAUUUUUCCCUGAACAACCAUUUCACCUUUUGCAACAACAAGCACCCCACCUCAAGAACAAUCCCAAGCUUCUAAAGGAAAGCGAAUUUUCAAAGAAAAAAUGAAGUUAAACAAUGUAUCUUGCAGUGCUCGGUGGUGCAUGUCGAUAGUUGGGCAUUAUUCCACAAGCCAGAUGUAGAAAACAUUGAAAUGUCUGUGUCUUGCUUUUUUCCUUGUUUGAAAUGUACAAAAGAAAUGUCUAAAUAAAAAUGGAGAGCAUAAAUCCUUUUGUUUUUGAAA